AUGGCGGCCAACUCGGAUCGCCGUGUCCCCCAGGACGGCGAGCCUGCUUCUUCUUCAUCCUCCACGCUGGCAGAUGACCACGUUUCCGAAAAGGCUGCUGGCUACCCGAGCAGCGUCCGAGAUGGAGGGAAAACCAAGGACAAGAGGUCAAAAGAAGACGAGGUCUCGUCAACGGCGGCCGCGGACGUGGCCGACGACGUCGAGUAUCCCUCCGGCAUCAAGCUGGGCUUCAUCGUCGUUGCCCUCGUCCUGGGCGUCUUCCUGCUGUCUCUCGACAUGACCAUUGUGGCUACCGCCAUCCCCAAAAUCACCGACGAGUUCAGGGGUCUCGACGAGGUCGGCUGGUACGCUGCUGCCUUCUUCAUGACUGCCGGCUCCACGCAGUCCACCUGGGGCAAGAUUUACAAGUACUUCCCCCUCAAGCUGUCCUUCCUCAUCGCCAUCGCCAUCUUUGAGCUCGGCUCCGUCAUCUGCGGCGCCGCCCCCAGCGCAGAGGCCCUCAUCGCUGGCCGCGCCGUGGCCGGCGUGGGCGCGGCAGGUCUCGGUUCCGGCGCCUACACCAUUGUCGCCUUCUCCGCUCCACCCAGGAAGAGGCCUGCCUUUACGGGCUUCCUGGGUGCUUCCUGCGGGUUUGCCAGCGUCGUCGGCCCUCUCCUCGGGGGGGUCUUUACCGACCACGUCAGCUGGAGGUGGUGCUUCUACGUCAACCUACCCGUCGGCGCCCUUUCCGCCCUCGUCAUCCUCAUCUUCUUCAAGACGCCCAGGCAGGCUGCUCCUGUCCAGGCCCCUCUCCUCGAGAAGCUGCGCCAGAUGGAUCCCCUCGGCAUCGUUCUGAUGAUGGGAGCCACCGUCGCCUACAUCCUGGCCGUGCAGUAUGGCGGCGUCGCGCACGCCUGGGACUCAUCCGUCGUCGUCGGCUUGCUCGUCGGAUUCGUCGCCAUUGUCGCCGCCUGGGCUGGGCUGCAGUGGUGCCAGGGCGAGCGAUCCAUGGUUCCGCCCAGACUCAUCAGCGACCGCACCAACCUGGUCAUGAGCCUCGUCUCCUUCGUCCUGGCCGGUGGAUACUUUGCCGUCAUCUACUACAUCCCCGUCUACUUCCAGUCUUUGCACGGCGCCAGCCCGACCAUGAGCGGGGUCCGGAACCUGCCCUUGAUCAUUGCCGUUACCGCGUCCACCAUUGCCAGCGGCGCGUUUGUCUCUGCCACCGGUCGCUACCAGCCGAUGCUCAUCGGCGGUGGCGUGGUAGCUACCGUGGGAGCCGGUCUCUUGUACACGCUCGAGCUGGACUCUCCCGCCGGCGCCUGGAUCGGCUACCAGGUUGUGGCUGGUCUGGGGUGGGGUGCCUCCUUUCAGACUCCCAUGAUUGCCGUCCAAGGUUCGGUUUCUACCAAGGACUUGGCCUCUGCCACGGGCAUGCUUCUUUUCUUUCAAGCCAUUGGUGGCGCAUACAUCGUCUCGGGCGCUCAGGCCGCCUUUGUCAACCAGAUGGUUGGCCACGUCACCAAAAACGCACCUCGGGUUGACUUGCGCACUCUGAUUCUCACCGGUGCCACCGAGAUUCGCCACGCCUUCCCCACGGACCAGCAACCCGUCGUCAUUGACGGAUACAUGUCCGGCAUCAAGGUGGUAUUUGCCAUGUGCAUUGCUGCCACGGGCAUCGCCUCGCUGGGAAGCCUCGCCACGCGGUGGAACAAGCUGCAGCGGGACAAAACGGCGGCCGGUGGCAUGGCCUGA